UGUAGCCUGGUCACUUGACAUUGACCAAUAUUUGGUUCAUUUUCUCUUCAAAUUAGGUGAUUUUCAGAUUUACGUUGUCACAACAAAAGAAAUAUUUUUGGGGUUGCGACAAUUGUACCUUUCGGGAUCUCGGGACCUGGCGGAGAACAUAAUAACUAAAGUGGCUGAAUUAUGCCAGACGGCAACCGUAUCGGGGACAAGGCUCCUCUGGUGACUAACUCCUCUGAAGAGGAUAGUCAUGACGAGAUGAGCACGAGGGAAGCAGAGGACGAGGAUGAUCAGGUCCUCAUUGAUCUGAGCCAAUCUGACUUGCGAAGGAAUAACAGCAGCAAUCUGUGGACUUCGGCGUCGCAGCACACGACAGGGAACUCGAACUCGUUUCAACACAGCAGUGGUUCCACUCUCAGACCUUACUCCGCUGCACAUCAGCAGAAGUCUAGUGUAUCCACCGCUGCGACAGACAUGGGUGAACACUCCAAUGCAGAGGACGACAGCUACAGUUCUUCAGAAGCAGUGUAUUAG